AUGCUUCCCGGUGGAAUACGAGACAAAAUACCGCGCAAACAUGGAACAAAUGAUGAUAACGGUAAGCAAAAUGAACAAACCACUGAUGAUGACCCUCAAGUAAUUACAGAUUGUUACGUUUUUGUUUCCGAUGCCUUUGCAACGAGCCCUCGUCAACUAAUGUACGCCCAUAUUUAUAAUUACUUCAUUGUUAACAAAUGUUAUGAUGCUGCAAGAGCUCUUAUAAUGGAAGUCAGUCUCCCAUUUGGCUUGGCCAUUGGUGGUGACUUUAAACGAGUUCAAGCAUUCCAUGGGGACCCAUUGUUAAUAAUGGAAGCUAAUUGGGAUAGAUUAAUUCCAUCAAAAAUGUUGAUAGAUUCUAAAGAAACAUUUCUUGGGGAAUGGUGGGAAAUGAUGAAACCAUUAGAUAAGAGUGUGGAACAGUACCAGCAAGAGGUGCACUUAUACCAAGCAAAAGCUCAACAGAUUCCUCACACUAUUCCUACACCUCCAACGAGGCCACCACAUAUUGUUGAGCAUAAUAGUAAUUUGCAACAACCAUCUCAUACAAAUGCUCAUAAUGUUCAAUAUCUGCGAAUGGUUCCACAAUUCCCAUAUCAAGUAAUGCAUCAGCUACCUACCCCCUUAGUAAGAGACGGUAAUCGUAUUGGCAAUAUGAAGAUGAAUCCAAAUAUGAUGCCACCAAACUUUUUCGCUGGAGUUAAACAUCCAACAGCUGCUAAUGCUCAUAAUACAAGUAGUCAUUCCCCGAAUAAUGAUAACACUGCAAAUUGGAAUCCUGCUGGACCUACUCAGAUGCCUGGAUAUAACCCAGGACACUACGUCCCAUAUUUUAACAAUGUGUAUCAUCCUCCACAACACAAUAUGCCCUAUCCAAUACACUACCCGGGACCCCAAAAUAAUGCUAAAUGGAUCAGCACUCCACCUGUAUACCAUUAUCCUUACGCUGUUGGUCCUCCUCCUGUUUCCAGGUCGCCAGUUCAUCUUGGGGCAAGAAGUACCGACACCUCCCAACAACCAGUUAACCGCCAGUCCUCCAACGAGGAUGUCAAUACAUCAAAUAUGCCAGAUCAAUCAGCUCUUACAAAUAGCUUGCCUUACCUGAAGGGUGAUGUAACAUUGAACAAACCAAAUAAUCCAAAAAUGGAUGGUAAUACACCAAACAUUCCAAAUGAAUCUGCUCCUAAUAUUUCACCAUACUUGAAGAGUGGUAUCGGUGUGAACAAGUCAGUUGAAUUACACAGCCAACCUUCGUCAAAUAAUAGGAUAAAUUAUUCCUCACCUAUUAUAAAUUCAAACGAAGGUGGUAUUGAUAACGAUGAUGGCCUAGGUGAUGUAACUGGUAAUUUAACUUCUAGAUCACGACCGGAACAAGAUGGAAUAAAUUUUCAAACGAUAUCACACUCCAAAACCGUUGCUAAGUCGGACUGUACUAAUCCUAGUCCUUUGACUUCAUCCUUCUUUAAUCGAUUAGGUGAUAGUGCUGUUUCCCAACAAAAUGUUUACCAGCAAUAUAUUUCAUUGAUAAAGGAUGUGGAAAAUAAAGAUCACAAAUCUAGGAUUAAUGAAACUGAGGAACACGGUAGAAUAAGAAGUGAUGAGGGCGUUAGAGAGUAA